CCUGGCAGGGUUGAUGACUGGCCGGGACAGCCCCACCUCCUUUCUGCUUUCUCUCCCUUCUCCUUCCUCUCUUUUUCCCCUUUCUCCCUGCUCCUUCCCACCCCGCUUCCCUCUCCCUUCCCUGCCUGUGUCCCCCCCGCAUUGCUGGCCGUGCCCGGCUCUGCUUUGGGAUUGCCCCCCGGAGCCGGGAGCCGGGAGCAUGGGCCCCGCUGAGGAGCUGGUCCGCAUUGCCAAGAAGCUGGAUAAGAUGGUGGCCAGGAAGAGCACGGAAGGGGCUCUGGAUCUGCUCAAGUCCCUCACCAACUACACCAUGACCAUCCAGCUGCUCCAGACCACGCGGAUCGGGGUGGCUGUUAACUCGGUGCGGAAGCACUGCUCGGAUGGAGAGGUGGUGGCCUCGGCCAAGAUCCUCAUCAAGAACUGGAAGCGGCUGCUGGAGCCCUCCACCACCCCGAAGAAGGAGAAGGACAUGGAUGGGGAGAAGAAGGAGAAGGGGCUGGAUUUCCCCGGCUGCCCCAGUGAAGGGGUGAAGCACCCCAAGAACCCAGCGGAGAAGCACAAGGAGAAGCACAGGGAGAGGAAGCCCAGCAAGUCCAGCUCUUGCGCCGUCUCCUCUCAGGGCCAUUCUGCUGAUUCCAGCCUGGACAGAAAGGCCAAUGAUGGCCGGAGCCCCACUGCGUCCUCCAAGAAGUCACCUCUGGACAGCAAGAAGGAGAGGAGGGACUCUGCUGACUCAAGGUCCUCCACGUCGGCCUCCUCCUCCUCUUCCUCCUCACAGAAGAGGCUGUCAGGGGAGAGGAGAGCCUCUGUGGGCAGCAGCCCUUCCCCAGCUCCCACUGGCUCCCGGAGCAGCUCCAGCGACAGCAAGGAGGAAAGAGCCAACAGCAGCAAGGCCAAAGCAGAGACCCCACGGACCCCCAGCAGCCCCUUCUCGCCCAGCCCCUGCCUCCUGGCCCCCUGUUACCUCACAGGGGACUCGGUGCGGGACAAGUGCAUCGAGAUGCUGACGGCCGCGCUCCGCAUGGAUGAUGACUACAAGGAGUUUGGUGUCAACUGCGAGAAGAUGGCAUCGGAGAUCGAAGACCAUAUCUUCCAGGAGCUGAAGGGCACGGACAUGAAGUACCGCAACCGAGUGCGGAGCAGGAUCAGCAACCUGAAGGACCCCAAGAACCCCAGCCUGCGGAGGAACGUGCUGUGCGGGGCCAUCCUGCCCAGCCUCAUCGCCCGCAUGACGGCCGAGGAGAUGGCCAGCGAUGAGCUGAAGGAGCUGCGGAAUGCCAUGACCCAGGAGGCCAUCCGGGAGCACCAGAUGGCCAAGACGGGCGGCACCGUCACCGACCUCUUCCAGUGCGGCAAGUGCAAGAAGAAGAACUGCACAUACAAUCAGGUACAGACACGCAGCGCCGACGAGCCCAUGACCACGUUUGUGCUGUGCAACGAGUGUGGGAACCGCUGGAAGUUCUGCUGAUGGUACCCGGCGAUGGGGCUGGAGGGAUGCAGUGUGAGACAAGGAUGCUGUGACAGCCACAUCGGGGUGCGGAGGAAGGUGAUGCGGUGGCUCCGGUCCCUACGCCCCAGCUCCCUGUUUCCUUGCACCCCAGGAAGCUGGGCUCUGGUGACAGAUGGGUUUGCUUGGGAAGACCCUGGUGAAUCCAAGUGGUCCAUCUGUUUGCUUGGGGAGCGCAGGGAGACCGCUGCCAACAGACACAUCCUCAGUAAGGAAGACUGGUCUGUUUAUAGACAGGAAGGACAUUCCCUAUGGAUGUCGGGGUGUGCCACUGGCCUGGGAAACCAGGAGUGGGAAAUGGCCAGGUUUUAACCCAAAUACCUUCUUCCUCCACAGUGGGAGGACACAGAGGGAGAUGGGGUGGUCGUAGGGUGCCUGGAUGCUGGUGGGAUGUCACCAUGUCCCUGCACUCUGUGACGCAUGGACCAUCCGUCCUGGUUUAAGGGCACUAAAAGGAGGAAGAAAGAAGGGAUGUGGGGGGCAAGAGGAGUGGGGCAAAACCCUCCAGCUAAAGCAAUAAAGGUGUGAACUG